UAGUUGUAUAAAUACAUGCCUUCAUCCUGCUCCUACUUCAUUCCGCGCCAUUUCCUCUCUCUAAAAAUCAUAUUCUCUCUGGAUUUCGCUUUCUAAGUUUUCUCGUAAUCUUAUCUUUCUUUUCCUCUGAAAUCUCUCUGGAUUUUUUCUCUCUAAUUCUCUCUGAAUUUUUUCCCUCUAAUUCUCCCCGAAUUUUAUCUUUCUGAUUCUCUCUCUCCGAAUUGAGAGACUCUAAUUGGCCCCUUUGAACCAGAAGAUUCACAUUUUUUGCUUCAUUCAAAGCUUAAAGGACAGUUAAUUUCGACAUUUUUUGAAUAAUUAUCGUCCUCUUUUCCGCCAUUUUAGCAGCGAAUAAAAAGCUCGAAGAAAACGAAGGUUUUAAUUCCUCGUCUUGAAGAAAACAUGGAGCCGAGCAGAGAAGCCGAUAAGCUCAGCUACGAAAUCUUCUCUUUCUUAGAAGCCGAGUUCCUCUUCGGCUCCAGUCUAUGGCUCCAAGCCGAUGAGAAAACCCAAAAAAUCGGCGAGGAGAGCCCCAAACUCGCCUCCGCACCACGUGGCAAGACCUGCAUCCUCUCAAUCGACGGUGGUGGCAAACGAGGCGUCAUCGCUGCGAAAGCCCUGGCCGCCCUCGAAUCGGAGAUCCGACGAAAAAGCGGCGACCCGAACGCGAGACUGGCCGAUUAUUUCGACCUGGCAGCUGGCUCGGGAAUCGGCGGUAUUUUCGUUUCAAUGCUGUUCACCGACGGAAAAGACGACGGGAAACCGCUUUUCCAGGUGGAUGACACGUGGCGUCUCCUCAUUGGCCAGGGCAAGCAGCUCUUCACCGGGAAACGAACAUUUUUCCAGAGAAUAAUGGCUGGAAAACAUUCUCCAGAAGCUGUUUUCCGGCGUCUAUUCGCCGGCCGGACAAUAAAAGACGCCGUUAAACCGAUUUUGAUACCCUGUUAUGAUCUGAGCACCGCUUCACCUUUCGUUUUCUCCCGGGCUGACGCUCGGGAAUCCGACGGCUACGAUUUCCAGCUGAGCGACAUCUGCCGCGCCACGUCUGCAGAGACGGCAGUUUUCCGACCGGUUUCCCUCCAUUCAGUUGACAGAAGCACGGAGUGCUUGGCGGUUGGCGGUGGCCUUGCGAUCAACAAUCCCACGGCUGUGGCUAUUACGCACGUACUGAAUAACAAGAAGGACUUCCCCUUUGUACGUGGGGUCGAUGACUUGCUGGUGCUCUCUAUUGGUGCCGGAGACGUGGGCUUGGGCGCCGGAAAAAUGUCAAAUUGCCGGAAUCUGAAGCGGUGGACAAAAAGUUUAGUUAAGAUUGCCGGGGAUGGCUUGUCUGAUGUGGUGGAUCAGGCAGUUUCCAUGGCCUUUGGCAAUUGCAGGAGCAGUAACUAUCUCCGCAUACAAGCCAAUGGCUUGAGUCACUGUGACAUAGAAGACAAUGGAGGUCCAAACAAUGUGAAAAAGCUGCUGGACAUUGCAGAGCAAACAUUGAUGCAAAAGAAUGUUGAAUCCAGGCUUUUCCAUAACAAAGAAAUAACAGGAAAAUCAAAUGCUGAGAAGCUUGAGUGGUUUGCUGGUGAAUUGAUCAAGGAACAAGAGAGUAGAAAGAGGAGGACCAGUCCUGUAGUCUCAAUCAAGCAAGCAACACCAAGACCAUCAAGGUCAUAAGCCAUUUUUACUUUUUGCAAUCUCUCUCUCUCUCUCUCUCUCUCUCUCUCUCUCUCUCUGUAUUUUACAUUGUGCAAUAUCUCUCUAUAGAAAUUGCCGCUUGAGACGAAAGCCCCGUCCAAGCUGAGCUGAUUAUGAAACGAAUGUACAUCGUGUACGUAAAUGCAUUUGUAUGUUUUUUUUUUUUUGGUACUUUUUAAGUAAUCAAUGGAAAGUCUUCCUUUUUCUCA